GUGUAUAGGAAGUACUAGCAAGUAAGCGAGUAACACGGAAUAACGGUAUAUUAUAAAGCACAAAUACAGGUCUGUUAGACUAUCCAGCCAAGAUGUCCAUUCCUACUGUAAAACUCUCUAACGGUGCUGAAAUGCCAAUGCUCGGUUUAGGGACUUGGAAGUCAAAGGCCGGGGAAGUUGAAAAUGCAGUAGGUGUUGCUAUAGAAACCGGUUAUCGUCAUAUCGACUGUGCAUAUUGCUAUGGAAACGAGAAUGAAGUUGGUGCAGGCAUCAAGAAAAAAGUUGAUGAUGGAACCGUCAAACGAGAAGAUCUUUUCAUAGUUAGCAAACUUUGGAACGCCUUCCACAGGCCAGAUUUGGUAAGAGGUGCAGUUGACGAAUCAUUAAAAAGUUUGGGAGUAAAGUAUCUCGAUCUUUACCUCAUACACUGGCCAUAUGGCUUUAAGGAAGGACUUGGUAAUCUUCCCAAAGAUGAGGCUGGUAAUGUCUUAUACUCAGACGUUAACUACCUGGACACUUGGAAGGUUCUGGAGGAGUUGGUUGACGAAGGGAUACUAAAAGCAAUAGGUCUCUCGAACUUCAACAGUGUGCAGAUUCAAGACGUAAUCGAUAAUUCGAGGAUCAAACCAACCAAUCUUCAGGUGGAAUGUCAUCCAUAUCAUAAUCAAGCAAAACUGCUGGCCUUCUGCCUUGAGCGAAAUAUAACAUUUACAGCAUACAGUCCGUUCGCUUCACCCGACCGACCUUGGGCAAAACCUGGUGAGCCUCUAUUGAUUGACGACCCAAGACUAAAGGCAAUAGCCGAGAAAUACAGCAAAACUCCCGCUCAAGUUGUACUGAGAUACCAAGUCCAGAGACAAGUUGUUGUCAUUCCUAAAAGUGUUACACCAGCAAGGAUACAGUCAAACUUUCAGAUAUUUGAUUUUGAGUUGAGUGCCGA